AUAGCGAAUCGAAUGGGAUGUAUACGCAUUGUAGAUUGUAGCCUUGAAUUUAGUUUCAUUCAUAAUUUUGGUUCAUUGGAGGGUAUGACAAACGUAAACCAAAAGCACCCUACCGUACGAUCUUUGUUUUUACUAAUUUAAAUAAUGUUUAAAUGUGAAAAGUGUCCGCGUAUUGUUAUAACGACGAUCAACAACCAGACACCGCGUUUAGUGCAUACAACUUAAUGGUGCUUAUGUCAAACACACUCCAAUUUAUAGAACUAAAUAACAUGGCUGACGAAUUUAAAGUUCGUCUGGAAGAACGACUCAAAAUAAAGAUCGGUGAGGCUAAAAAUUUACCUUCCAGAAUACAUGGUUCGACUACUUUAAGAGACGUUUAUUGUACGUUGUCUCUAGAUCAAGAAGAAAUAUUUAGAACGAGCACAAUACAACAAAGUUUGAGUCCUUUCUUCGGGGAAGAAUUCCAAUUCGAGGUGCCGCGUAAUUUUCGUUUCAUUUCGAUAUACGUUUCGGAUCGAGAUCGACAUUUGAAACAGGACAAAAUUCUCGGUAAAGUAGCCAUAAGAAGGGAACAGCUGUCUUCCUAUAACAAUAAGGAUCAUUGGUUCCCCAUAAAGGCCGUCGACGCCGAUUCCGAAGUACAGGGAAAGGCCAAUAUAGAAAUAAAAUUCGAUACGGAAUCAAGCAAAAGAAGGCUGUUAGUACAGAUAGUGCGUUGUUUAGAUUUAACAUUAAAAAACGGUUCCUGCGAUCCGUACGCGUUAGUGUGUGUAUCGUAUACGAACGGUAAAAGUGUAUCGAAAAAAACGAAGGUUCGCAAAAAAACUACCAGCCCCCAAUUCGACGACGUGUUCGCCUUUUCGAAUUUCGACGGCGGCGGCAAGGAUUCGAUGUGCGACGGCGACGCCGAAAUAUGCGAAUUGCACGUGUCGAUGUGGCACGAUACGCCCGGUAUAAGCGACGACGUCUUUCUAGGCGAAAUCAAGGUGCAACUCAAAGGGAUGCAACAACAGAAUUCGGCGCAUCGGAAUGCUUGGUAUUACCUUCAGCCUCGAUCGGCUAAUAAACGACCGUUUUUAACACAUUCGACUCCUCCAGGAACUCGAUUAUCCAGCGACAAUACCUUAGGUUCUUUAAGACUUCAAAUCCAAUAUACGGAAGACAGAGUAUUUCCAGCUUCCGUGUAUGACGGUUUAAAGAAACUUCUAUUAGAAAGUACAAAUAUACAACCGAUAACAGCUACUUCAGUAUACCUUUUGGGCGAGAUUAUCAAUAAAAUGGACAUAGCUCAACCCCUGGUUCGAAUAUUUUUGCAUUACGAUAAAAUCGUACCGAUGAUUAAAUCAUUAGCUAACGUCGAGAUUUCCAAAGUAACAGAUCCGACUACAAUUUUUCGGGGUAAUACUCUAGUUUCGAAAAUGAUGGACGAUACGAUGCGUCUUAUAGGCCUACAGUACCUGCACAAAACCCUACGACCGACUCUAGAACUUAUCAUCAACGAAAGGAAACCGUGCGAGAUCGAUCAGACGCGCGUUAGGGACGCUACGACGGUCGCGGCUAAUUUAGUCAACUUAAAGUGCUAUAUACAAAAAAUAUUCGAGGCAAUAACGCAAAGCGCCGUCCAUUGUCCCGCAUUGAUGUGCCAGAUAUUUUACAAUUUGAAAGAAUGCGCCAUGAAACAAUUUCCGGAAAACAAAGGGGUGCGCUAUUCGGUCAUAUCCGGUUUUAUAUUUCUCAGAUUUUUCGCUCCGGCCAUAUUAGGACCGAAACUAUUCGAUCUCACAACCCAACCUCUGGAUUGUCAAACGAACCGAACUUUAACGUUGAUUUCGAAGACCAUACAAUCGCUGGGUAACUUAGUUAGUUGCAGGUCGACGCAGCAGGUGUGCAAAGAAGAAUACAUGGAGGGGUUAUAUAAAGAGUUUUAUACGGAGACUCACAUGACGGCCGUUAGGCAAUUUUUGGAAAUCAUCUCCGCGAAUACUUCUAGUCAACAAGUCAUCGAAAAUGAUUUGCCGGUGAUGCUGAAAGAAGGACUUAUGAUAAAAAGGGCUCAAGGGAGGAAGAGAUUCGGUAGGAAAAAUUUCAAACAGCGUUAUUUCAAACUCACCACACACGAUCUCAGUUAUUCCAAAAGUAGAGGAAAAGAAGCUUUAUGUCGAAUCCCUUUAACGAAUAUCUUGGCGGUGGAAAGAUUGGCCGAAACGUCGUUCAAAAUGAAAAACAUGUUUCAAAUAGUCCAACCGGAAAGGGCGUUGUACGUCCAAGCAACAAAUUGCGUCGAAGAAAAAGAAUGGGUCGAUCUAUUGACGAAAAUAUGUCAAACGAACGCGAACAGAUUGAAAAAAUACCACCCUUCGGCGUUCAUCAACGGCCAAUGGAUGUGCUGUAAAUCCCCCAACGAAUUGGCGCCAGGUUGUAGCGAAGUAUCCCGAUCAGACAGUAACUUUCGAAUGAAUUUAGAUCCCGAACGAGAUUUGCAACGAGUACAUUCUCUGGUCAUAUCCCAAAUGGAUACAUUGGAAACUUUCAUCGGAAUAUGCGCCAACAAACAACGAGGAGGCGAUACCGAAGCGGCCACCGUAUACGACAUCUUACGGAAAUUGAGAGAAGUUGUUUACCAAAUCGAACAAAAACACAGAUUAUACAAGAGGACCAUCGACAGGAACACCAAAUACGGCAGUCUAGCUGCACCUAUAGGCGACGAUAAUUAUUUAUUAGCGUCGCGUUUAAAUGUCGAUCCCUCUAUAAUAAGGCGGUGCGCUUCCAGUGAACCGACUUCAUGUCCCUGACGUAUCUAAAUGUGUUAAAAACAAAAUUAGCCAAAGAAUUACUUGUUCACCAUAAGAACAAUGACAUUUUGAGUUUUUAACUUUGUUCGUCCACAUUUAUCCGUAUUUUGAAAAAAAAAAUCGUCCAAUUAAGAGCUUAUAUAUAUAUUUUUUAUAUAGGGUGCUAAAAAUGUCGAACUGUGCCUUCUAUUUCAUUUUUCCUUUACCUUUCGUCAAAUUUAAAUCUCAAAAUGGUAAUUCUUAUUUUAAGAAAAAAAAAUGAGUAAAGGAAUAUGGAAAGAAUAGUUUUAUGCAAAGAUUCUCAAUUCAAAGACUGUUCUAUAAAGUUAAGAAAAUAUAAAACGAAUAACGUCACUACCAGUGAAUACAUAAAGAUUAAAGGGUUGUGUAUUUUGUUUUAAUUAACGUUUAAAUCGUCUUUUAAAAGUGUUUACAUACAUAAAAAGUUGAAACAUAUCAACAAAAUUUUCAUUUAAUUCUAUGAAAUUAAAAGACGUUUCAAAUGUUUUGUUAUUUACAUUUAUAUUGAUCUUGUUAUUAUAUAGAAAAUCGUGGUGAAAUAUACAACAUCCCGCAGCAAUAAAUUGAUAUACUAACCUUAUAAAAAUUGAUUUAAAUCCAAUAUCAACUUAACAAUUAUCAUAACCUCACUAUAACUACUUUUGUUUAAUUAUUUAUCGUACCGUGAUAUCCACAUGUAAACAUUAUAUUUACAAGGAACUGUCAACAUUUUAUUUCUUCUUUUUCCUAAUGUAAUAAUUUUCGAUAAAACAGAACUUUCGGCAACUUUUUAUUAAGCAUGUGAUUGUAGCUCUUCUUUUUUGUUUCGAUUCUUAUUGAUGUGAUAUAAGAAAAGUAAUAACCUUCAGAUGGCUGGAAGGAGUGAUGACUAUGAGUCAGACGCGAUAAUAUUCGCAUUUCUAGACAGUUAGAUCAAAUCUUAUGGAAUCUUAACUUAGUCUGGGUGGAUAGUCUAAGGGUUGAGCCCAUCACCACAAAGAAGAAGAAGAAAAGUAAUAACCUUACUUUUACGCAUAUUACAAAUAACUGCAGAAUACGUUUUUUAAUCACUUAACAAAGUAUAGAAUUCUAUAAAUCAGUGGAUUAAUAUCGAUUUAGUUAUUAAGGCAUUUCAUUCUAAAUACUGAAUUACUUUAAAAUUCGUCGGGGUUUUAUAUUUCACUGUUUGAUUUUAGAUAUCUCUAAAUACUAGAUUUUAAUGUUAAUUAUAGUUCUGUAAGACAAUCAAUAUUACCCUUAAUACUUCCCUAUACAAAAUAAAUAAUACGUCAACUACCGGGGGUAUACGUAAAGUUUUCAUUUGGAAAUAUUUUAUUAUCCCCUGCGGUUGUGUGUGGAGUACAAAUUAGGGCGAUCGUCGAGUAUCGCGUCAGGGUAAAAAAUAUUUUCUUUUUUUUUUAUUAGUAAACAAGCAAUAAUACGUGUUGGAGUUGGGAGGUAUAUUUUUUGACCAGAUUAUAUACGUACGGAUAAAAUUAUAUAAAUAAAAAUAUGGCAAUAUAGUUGAAAGUAUUUUGAAAAAUUACUAUAUUAAUGAUCUAUAUAUAUAGUAUCUAUAUUUUUUAGAUAUAAACGGGGUGUUCCAUAAAUAUCGGUAGCUCUUAUAUAGUAGCACAAAUAUUUGUAUAUAUUAUUAUAAAAAUGACGUCCUUUAUAUUUCGUACAUUUUGCACUUUGCUUCAUAUGCAAUUAUUUUUAAACGCCACCCCGUAUCUUCCGAUUGUUAGCAAUUUUUCCUAAUAAGUAGUAAUUAAAAAUGGCUUCCUUAAAUGCGUAGAAAUGGGUA